UAGUAAAAACAUUAUAUUACCUGAACAACAGCAAGAGUACCUAGACUGUAAAACCCACACUGUGAACUACUUUAUCCACUGCCUCCCUCCUCUGCAGUCAGACAUUGGCCCAUUUCCUCACAACCAGACGGACAGCAACACCUCAGGAGUGCCAGAGGAAGGCGGGAUGUCUGGCGGCCCAGAAAGGUUGACUAAUCCUGGGCACAGAGCUGGUGCUGACAAGGCCUCGAGGAUGGAGGACUUGGAGGGGGAGCUGGAGAGGAAGGUGGAGCUGCUGGACAAAGAGAGAAAAGCCCUGAGGCUGGAAACAGAGAAAAACAGACAGGAAAUCGACCGGGGCAUCAAUAAACUACACCACCGACUCUCAGGACUGGAGGAAGGUAUCUCAGGGCAUUCUUUCCCAGAGGGCUACAGAUUGUCCUUCCCAACUCGUACAAACUACAUGUACGCUGUUGUGAAACACUCCAUCCCAAUGCUGCGGGCCUUCACCAUCUGCCUGUGGCUGCGGCCGGCAGAAGGAGGAAUCGGGACACCUCUUUCUUACGCUGUUCCUGAGCAGCCCAACGAACUGGUGCUGCUGCAAGGCCUGCAUAGCCCCACUGAGAUGCUCAUCAAUGACAAGGUGGCGCAGUUGCCUCUAAAUCUCUCCAGAGGCAGCUGGCAGCACAUCUGUGUGAGCUGGAGCCAGAAGGGAGGAGCCUGGCAGGCCUACCAGGGGGGAAAGCUGAGGGGCGAGGGUCACACACUGGCAGCGGGACAUCACAUCAGACCCGGGGGAGUGCUCAUACUGGGGCAGGAGCAGGAUUCCCUGGGUGGAGGUUUUGACUCAUCCCAAGCCCUGGUUGGAGAGUUGUCCCAGGUGGGUCUUUGGGACCGGGUCCUGUCUUCUAGCCAGGUGGCAAACUUGGCACGCUGUGGCAGAGUAACCCAGGGCAGUGUGGCUCCCUGGAGCGAGAACGGAGUCGAGGUUUAUGGUGGAGCAACCAAGGACCCGGGGGAGCCUUGUAGUAAACACAACAGGAGUUCUCAAUGACCGAUGGGGGAAGGCUUUGAGGAAAGUAGAAGUGAAGAAGGGUGGAGGGAGGGGUAAAGUUGUAGCGCAUUCAAGAAAGUAGAAUUUCCUCUGCCCAGGAUCCUGUAGCAGUGCUACAGGAUUUUCUAAACAACUCUAUGCGGCAUGGACUAACAAGUAUGUAGGAAAUGGAAAACGAAUGGUAUUUAUUCAUAUGACCUGGAUAGAGGCUUUGCAGUUACUUCAGCAAACUUCUAGCAACCACAGCCGAUGUUAUCAUCGAGGUCCACUGGUGAACUGUGCAACACAAGAUGAGAUUCUUCAUAAAUUUAGCUGUAGUAUGGAUAUAGAUCAAAUUUUGUAAGUUACAGCUCAUACUUUCUGUGUUGGCAAACCAGCUAGCGGUCUAAUUAUUGAAAACUAAAAAUGUUAAUUUUAACAUAAGUAUACUAGCAAACAAUUGAACCCUCUCCUAACUAUUAAUUUGUGAGCAAAGGUGAAUUAAUAUGAUUAGCUAGCUAACAAACUGCCAUUAUCUAACAUGUUGCUUAAACAUUGCUUUCUUGAAGAGAGUAAGAUGGAAUACCACUCUUCACAGCAGCUGGUUAUAGUAAUCAAGCUUAGCAUAAAAUUAAAAACAGGGGGCAAUGGCUAGCCUGGCUCUGUUCAACGGUAACAAAAUCCAAACAAGACGUGUUUAUAAGCGAGCUUUAGAGGUGAAAAUUUGUUACCUUUGGACAGAGCCAGGCUAUCUUUUAGCCCAUUACCAGUCUUUAUGCUAAGCUAAGUUAGCCGGCAGCUGGUGGUAGCUUCAAACGUACAUGUGAGUGAUAUCAAAAUUCUGAUCAAACUCUCCGCAAGAAAGUGAAUAAAUGGUUUUCCCAAAAUUUUGAACUUUUCCUUUAAACUGAUCAGAUUACUGGAGAUGAUGCCAUUUAACAGCUAAAACUUUGCAGAAAUCACCACUGUCUAUUUAUCCUGUUAAUCCUGGUUGUAAAAAACUCAAAGAGUUGACCUCCACUAUGGCUGCCAGAAGUUGUGUCAAGCCAGCUGAAAUCCCUCCGUGAGAGCAGUAGGGUCGGAGUGAAGUUAAUUAAGGGCUGCGACAGCUUUAGAGUCUGGAGUCAAUGUAAGGUGAUGAAAAAUGUUGGGGGAAGUGGUGGGAAUAUUAAGUAGUAGGCUAGAUGGCAGCAAGGAGUAGAUGAUGAAAGAGAAUGCAAAGAGGGAGGAAGGGCAAAAAAA